AUGCAGCUGACAGUACUGGAUCUUCUUGGCGUACCAAAACUAGACCUAGGCAGGUCCGACAGAAACGAGCAGAGCACAUCGGAGGCAGAGCAAUAUAGUGACGAAAACUCACCUGAAAUAGUGUCGAUUCAUGGAAAGCUUGGACUCGGGAAGACGCCGCUUGCAAGAAAGGUGCUGAAUGACCCUCAAGUCGAAUAUCAUUUUUUCACUCGCAUAUUUGUCAGUGUUUCGAAAGAUUACAACAAGAAAGAAGUGCUUCUUAGUAUACUAAGUGCCUUCAUCAAGGACAUUAGGGAUCGUAACAUGUCGGUGCAAGAAUUAGUUGCGGAGGUCCGAAAGACACUGAAGUACAAGUAUUUGAUUGUCAUGGACGAUGUUUGGGAUACAAAAGCAUGGGAAGAUCUCAAGGAUGCUUUUCCAGAUUAUAACAAGGGCAGUAGGGUGUUGAUAACUACUCGACAAGAGUCUAUGGCCAAGCGUGCUGCAACAAAGACUGAUCCCUACCUGUUGCGAUUUAUGACUAUAGAAGAAGCUGAAGAAUUACUAAGGACGAAGGUUUUCAAUGAAAAUGAAUGUCCAGAGAAGCUGCAACCUGCUGAAUCAAGAAUUCUGAAAAAAUGUGGCGGGCUACCAUUAGCAAUAGUGGUAACAGCAGGUAUUCUGAGGAAUGAUCCAGAAAACGAGAAGUGGUGGGAGAGCGUGGCUCAAAAAUCACUUAGCAUGGAUGAGUUAGACAGUGACAGCCAGAAACAAUUAGUGGAUGAUUUAAUAAGACGGAGUUAUGAUAACUUGCGUCAUGUAUACAAGUCAUGUUUUCUCUACCUUGGUGUCUUCCCUGAAGACUUGGAGAUCCAAGUUUCAAAAUUGUUCCAGUUGUGGAUAGCGGAAGGCUUCAUUCCCCAGAUUGAGAGAGAGAGCAUGGAGGAAACAGCUGAGAGAUGUUUGCGGGAAUUGGUUGACAGGAACUUAGUGAUGGUGAGGCAGAGAACCUUAAGUGGUCGGAUUAAGACGUGUUUAGUCCAUGAUACGCUGCGUGACUUCUGCAAAAGGACAGCCAAAGCUGAAAAUCUUUUCCAAGAAUGUGACACGGGGACGGUUUCAUCUUCCAGCCGUCGCCUUUUCUGCAUUAACUCUCAAUUCUCGAACUACAUUUCCAGUCUACUGCCUGCUCAGAAUGUCCGUUCAUUCUUGAGCUUUGGCCAGGAAGAAACUACACUGAACCAAGAUCUCUGCCCAAAUGUAUUUAAGCAGUUCAAUCUACUCCGAGUGUUGGAUAUUCUGUCCAUCAAGCUCCCUGGACCUCGUUUUCCAGUCCAACUGCCUAACCUUGUUCUCCUAAAGUUCAUUGCCAUCUGUUGUGAGCUCAAGAUCCUUCCCAGAAAAAUGUCUAGCCUGCUUAACUUGCAAACUCUUGUAGUUCGCACCACAUCCCCUACCCUUGCAAUAGAAGCAGACAUUUGGGCAAUGACAAAGCUAAGGCAUCUACAUACUAAUACCUCCACAACCUUGCCUAAAUGUCCAGAUCAAUCUCCUGGCGGUGAAAACCUACAAACUCUAUCUACCGUUUCACCUGAAAGUCUUACAAAAGAAGUGUUUAAAAGGGCUAAAAACCUUAAGAAGCUUGGCAUACGUGGGAAGUUGCACGAUCUUGUGGAGGGCCAUGGCGAGUCUAGUUUGUUUGACAGUCUUUGCGAACUGGACUCGCUUGAAAAUUUGAAGCUAUAUGGUGAUGAUGUAAACUCCAAGCUACUUGCCCUUCCUCAGGCACACAAAUUCCCGCCAAGGCUGACAAGGCUGAGUCUGCAUAAUACAAGUCUAGAUUGGAAUUACAUGUCUAUACUGGGGAACCUUAGGAAUCUUGACGUGCUCACGUUGAAGGACUAUGCUUUUAAGGGAGAUUAUUGGAAGACUAAGCGAGGGGGUUUUCCUUCUCUGAAAGUUUCUUCAUUGGAGCUACAGAUUUAA